UCCCUAAUAGAAGAUUUCAAUGCAUCGGGAAAAAAAAUUCGUUGCGAUUCUCGUUCCUUUUGAACGUCAUUAAAAUGUUUCAUUCUUUUCUCUGUACACUACAGCUAUUCAUAAAAAUGUUCCACCGAGAGGUGGUGAAAUUGAAUUAGAUUUUUUUCCCUCGUUUUGAAAUUCAUAGCUGACAAAACAAUCCAGGCAGGAAGAGGCACAGUAAACUAGCUAUCAUGGUGAGAGUAGUGAUAGGAGAUGAAACCCACUUAAAUUCUGUGGAGACUCACCUCUCCCAAUCAGCAAUUUCCGUGCAAGUGGGUCUUGCGAUUGGAAAACUGGGAGGUGCAAAAUCCAACCGUAACUCCGUAUUUGCACUCAUUCCGACACCCCCAAAUGACGGAGUUGAUCCCACUUCUUUAAUAUCUGAAAAUGCAGAGUCUUCCAGGAGUGGGAGAGUAGAUAAGAAGAAGGUUUCAAAGGGUAAAUCAAUGGCAGAUUCAUCUUCAUUGAUAAUUGAUGUUGAAUGGGUUGGAGAACAUGCCCGCCAGGUCUCCAAAAUGCUAGUCGGAGGAUUGCAUAUUGUUGGAAUCUAUGUCUGGGCUGCUGAGAAUGUCUUCAAAAACUCUAGUUUGAUGCUUUGGCAGGCAGUCCAGGCAAUUGCAGGAGCAGCACCAGUCUAUGCUGAUGGAGAAGUAGAUGAGAGAAUCCUUGUUCACAUAUCUUACAGUCCACGAAGAUGGUCAUGUCGAAGUUGUAACUUGGAUUCCAAUUUUACAUCUAUGUCAUUUCGACCAUGUGACCUGAAAAUGACAAAGCUUUUAUCAACUCUCCAGAGUUUUAGAUCUACCUACAGCUUUGAAGUAAGUGAUUCCUUUGGCUUAAAUGUCACGAGUGAGGUAUUUCAUCUGUCAAACUCAUCUUGCACUUGCACCUGGCCUUGUCCUUUGGGGUUGCCAUUGUUGCAGGAGGAUAUGCAAAAGACAAAUCACAUGAAGAAAGUUCUUCUCAAAGCAAUUGCAUUGCUGGCUGAACAGUUAAAAUCUGCUAAGGCUUCCCUUGAUGGAAAUUUGAUCAAUGAGGAUAAAGUGUCAAUUCCAGGGGGUCCUCAUGAAAUAAACUUUCUUUUGCCCUUUGCGGAUGUGAAAUCCAUGCACGUUGGCAGCAGCGAAGAGGUUGUUGGCUUGGUGGUUUUUAGUGGUACAAUAUUUGCACAAGCAUAUGCUUUCCCAAGAGAGUCACUUCUGCAGGCUGUUGAAGAUUUGAAGGGGGAUAUUAUUACUAGCCUGAAAAGCCGACUCGAGAUUCUCUCUGAUGACGCUGAAGAGGCAUCGACAUCCCUGAAGUCAGAAGAAGUUAAUCUCCACGAAGAUAAGUCCCUUCUGAAGCAAGGGGACACCCUUUUCUCAUGUAAUUGGAGUAAAGAAUGCAGUUUUGUCUUCCCUAGAAGGGUUCUUGUGCCUUGGUUGGAUGACAUCUUCAUAUGUGACUACUUGCAAGGCAAAGAAACUUUUCAGGAUUUACAUGAGCGUUGUCAAGAAUUGAUGUCCAUGAAAAGUCUACUGGAUCAUUCAAAAAUUCUUGAGCCCGAGGAGUCUGGGUCUGCAUCAAUUGGGAUGUCAUUCUGGGGUAUGACGGGCGGAAACUCAUCUUCAACCUGCACAAAAAGAAAUGAUGAUCCUGGAAAAACUGGAAAAGAAUCGAGGGUGGUAACAUUUGGAAGUUUCCAUGGUGCAGUUGCUCUAAUCAUUGUUGUUCUUGCCAUAUUGAUUGCACUAAUAAUGUUGGCAACUGGUUGGAGAUAAAAAAGUGAAUGAGAAACACUAAUAUUUUCUCUUUCUUGAAAUUUUCCAUUUUCAUUUCAUUCACAGUGGUCUACGUUUGUGGUUACAGGCUAAUCUUAUUCAGAUGAAACACAAAAAUGUGGAAGCAUGUUAGCUUUAUUUUGGGAUGGUCUAUAUAUUCAAAAUUUUUGACUCACAUGAUAUUUGUUGGGAAUCCUAUAUACAGAAAGCCCAACAUUUUAGUCAUAUAAAACAAAAUAUUGGGAUUUAAACUAUUUGGAGAUGAAGUUUAGUAUUUGUUUAAAUAGAUUGUGCCACUUUACCUAGGGAUGGAUUUAA